AUGAUAGACUACAUUUACAUACUAGAAUCAACGCGCAUAAGCUAUAUAAGUGAUUGGGUAGGGGGUGAAUUGUCCUUGGUCGCACUUGGGGUUGCCCGGGCAGGCAAUGGAAUGGAGGUUGCAGCCCAAGCAGGCGAUGGAGCAAGCAGGCCAAGCAGGCACUGCAGGUGGCAGGCGCUGGAGGUAACAGGCGCUGGAAGUGACAGGCACUGGAGGCGGAGGCGACAGGUACUGGAGGCAAUAGGCACAGCUGGAGGUGACGAGCACUAG